GCGAUGAAGUUGGAUAAAACAUGGAACUUUGUGGGGUUAUUGAGCCUAAUCAUAAUGAAAGCGACUGUGGGAUAUGUUCAUAUAAACGUGGAUCUCUCACGCCCUAUAGGCGAGUUGAGGCAUUUUUGGAAAAGCACGGGAUAUUGUCCUCCUCUACCACACAGACAAGCAGAUUUGUUUAAUCUAAGUAAAGACCAAAUAAUUAAUUUGGCUUAUAUUUCAUCUGUGCCGCAAAAUGGUAUUGAACAAAUUCGAAUCCAUUGGCUGUUGGAACUGAUUCAAGCUGCGGUGAUAAAUGGGACACUUCACUACAAUUUCACAAACCUGGAUAACUUCAUGCAGCUUCUUUGGGAAAAUAAGCUACGUCCUGGUUUUGAAUUGAUGGGAAGUCCUUCAGGAUACUUCACUGACUUUGAUGAUAAAAAGCAAGUGGUAGAGUGGAAGAGCCUGAUUGUACAGAUGGCCCAAAGAUAUAUAGAGAGGUAUGGAUUGAAACAUGUUUCAAAGUGGAAUUUUGAGACCUGGAAUGAACCGGAUCACCAUGACUUUGACAAUGUAUCAAUGACCGUAGACGGAUUUCUCAACUACUACGACGCUUGUUCUGAAGGAUUAAGAGAAGCCAGUGGUCAGCUAAAAUUAGGAGGCCCCGGAGAUUCCUUUCAUCCAUUUCCCAAGUCUCCAAUUUGCUGGAACCUCCUCAGCCAUUGCUACAACGGCACAAAUUUUUUCACUGGAGAGACAGGAGUCCGGCUAGACUACAUCGCCAUGCAUAAAAAGGGAGCUGGGAGUGCUCUUCAUAUCUUGGAACAGGAAACUGAGGCCAUGGGACAGAUCCAGAAGAUGUUCCCCAAUUUUGCCUCGGUCCCCGUAUACAAUGAUGAGGCUGAUCCUCUAGUAGGAUGGUCGAUCCCACAGCAGUGGAGAGCUGAUGUGACCUAUGCAGCUAUGGUAGUAAAGGUAAUUGCUCAGCAUCAAAAUCUUCUCAUCGCUAAACCCAACAAUACCAUCAACUACACUUUGUUAAGCAAUGACAAUGCAUUUCUGAGUUACCAUCCUUAUUACUUCACCCAGAGGACACUUACGGCACGCUUUCAGAUGAAUAACACAAAGCCCCCCCACAUCCAGAUGGUGAGGAAGCCGGUGCUGACAGUAAUGGGCUUGCUGGCUUUGCUAGGAGAAGAGCAAAUUUCUGCCAACAUUUCUAGUCACAAAUCAGAAGACUGUAAUGCCUUGGGAAUAUUAGCCAGCUUGCAUAAACCUUCAGGACUACAAUUGUCGGACAGCUGGCAAGCAUCAAUACUGAUCUAUUCAAGCAAUGAUAACAAGACAUCCUCAAACAUCAGUACUGUGAUUCUAAACAUAGCCAACUAUCCUAAAGACAGAGAACUGGUAUAUGUAACAUACUACAUGGAUAACAACCUAACCAAUCCAUAUUUGCAAUGGAAGAAAAUGAGAAUGCCAGACUUUCCUUCUCAGAAGCAACUGGAGCAAAUAAGAGAUGCUCAGAACCCUGUGGUGAAAGGACCAUUUCCAUUACCUGCAAAAGGCCAUUUAAGGCUGAAGCAAGAACUUCCAAUUCCAGCUGUUUUCCUCCUUCAUAUGUGUGCAAAGCCCCUCUCUGCUCCCAAUCAGGUGAACGGCAUUCGUUUCAUUGGUCUCAUGAGGGGACAAGUUCUGAUAACAUGGGAUGACAGCUGUGUGAAUUCAAAAUGUUUGAAAAAAUUUGAAGUGAUGUUUUCAGUGGAUGGGAAAGAGUAUCACCAAAUCAGUGUCAAGGACAGUAUAUUUACAAUGUUAAUCUACAGCCCAGGAACAACAGUCGUGGGUUAUUACAAAGUCCGUGCUGUGGAUUACUGGGACCGGCCAGGUCCAUUUUCUGUGCCUGUGUUUUACAGAGAACCAUCUUAAAAAGAAGGAAAAAAAAUCUUCAUCAGAAGUUAUAUAAUUAAAAAUGCAAGUUGCAGUUCGCUUUUCAUUACAGGCAAACCAUAACCCUUAAAAGGAUGGUUUUGUUGUUCUUACCAAAAUCUUCUCUUUUCAUUGGUUUAGCCUUCUAUAUUCUUCCUCCACCAAUAAUAUGGAAAGACUCUUCUUUUCCAGAUCAUUUUUAAGCACUAUUCUGGAAUCACACCCAUGAAAUCAUGAUAACAAAGUAGAACAGUGCUGAACUCUAUUUUCUUCCCUAGAUUGCUAUAGUUGGCAACGAGAACAUCCAUUUAUUACCUGAAUUGAAAUAAUGGUAAUUUCAAGCUGCAGAAUCUGGAUUGCAUGAAAACAAGAUGGAUUUGUUAACCUUUUCUUAAAGCUACACACUUAAGUGUACACUGUUUAGAUUUCCAGUCACAAUAUCAUGAUCCAGGGAUCUCCAAUCCCUGGUCUGUGGGCUGGUGCCGGCCCGUGGCCUGUUGGGAACUGAGCUGCGCAAGCAUCAGGUGAGUGUGAAGUUGCAUUUGUGGAAGUAACACGCACAUGAAACCAUCCCCUCCCCUCCCCCACUGCCGCCACUGCCAGUCCACAAAACCAGAAAGGUUGGGGACCGCUGUCAUAGUCGGUUCAUAGAGAACAUGAGCACUCAUUUCCAUAAUUCAGUUCAGCUCAAAGAAGAUCUCUUUUCUUUUUUUUCUUUUUUUUGUGAUUGUAAGGAAGCUAAUCUUUACUGACAAAGUCUUUAAAACCACUUGUUUUGAAAAUAUCAGUGCAAUAUUUUCAUAAUAUCAACUUAAUCUUGGUCUUGGGGCAGGAAAUUAAACCGCUAAUGUUAUAUUUUUUGAUUCUGGUUUUCUUGAAAAAAGCCACAUAGAUAUGGUACAAGCAUGCCAGGCCUUUAAAGAAACAGAUAGUUCUUGUUACACUGAAAAGAAGCCACCAAGAGUCUGGAUUUCAGCCGAUCAGCUUCUAGUUCUUGAAAAAACAAAUCAUCAUCAUCAUGUGUGAUCAUGUCCUGCAGCUCUUUAAUCUCUUUCUCCAUCUUGGAUCUCAGUUCACGUUUCACUUUACUUAAUGUCUGGACAUGUGCUUGCUCUCUGGUUUGGAUUUCUCGACGUUCUUCUGAAAUGGCUUCAGCCAGCAUUGCAAACUGAUCUUUAUAAUAGUUUCCCAUGGAUUGCAGUUCAACUUGAUACUACCUCUUUUGUUCAGCAUGUUUUUCCUUGGCAUACGACCUCAACUCAAGGAAUCUUUGUUUCUGAAUUUCCAAGGCUUCUUCAAACAGUUAAGAAGAUCUCUUUCUUGACCUUCUACUCAAGCCUUGGAAUAAGGAAGCUUCUUCUGCCUCAAUCCACUUCAUUCUUUUCUUCAAACUUUGCAUCAUUCAAACACAUCACGCACUCGCUUUUUUUGCAGCCUUGGGAAGGAAGCAGAAGGAAACCUUCCAAAGAGUGGAAGGCAGCAGAAGCGAUAAAUAGCCCAGCUUGAAUACUCGUGUAAGGAGAAACGUCCCUGUGAAGCUUUUAUUAAACAAGGAUAAUUUCAGCACAGGGAUUGUGUAUUUUCAAUAAAUAUUUAUUUAUCUGAAAAAAAGAGUUUACUUAGAGAUGGAUGAGGUAACAUUAUUCUGAUUUCCUGUCAGAAUAUUUAAGUACGCCUUCUUAAAAAAAUGUAUGCCAUUCCAAUACACAAGGUGUGUUUAAAAAAAAAGUCAAAAUGAUGGCAACAAUAAUGCGAUCAAAGCACCUCUUUUGCGUGUAGAUUGCAGAGCUUUGAUUGCACUGUAAUCACCAUUAAAUUGACAUUUUUGACCAUACCCUGUGGAUCCCUGAUGCAGUAAUGGCUGCCCUCUUGGGUUUCUGAUCACAUCCUUGAAUGUUCUUGAAUUGUUCUCAGCAUUGUUAGCUUUAUAGUUUAAGAAUCUUCAACUGGGCUAAAAAUAUGAAUAGCUCUGUGUUGGGACAUAAGCAAGGUGAAAAGUUUGAAUCAGGCAUUCUCAAUUCAAAUAUCACCUCAGUUACAAGCCUAUUAGGUUUUCUUAGGUGACUCACUUCUAAAUGUUCGUAAAGAUUGCCAGUUCUUAAAACACACACACACACACACAAAUGAGAAAAAGUUAGCAAUUUUCUGGGUCAUGGUGGGAAAGAAAAGAUAGAGACCAGAACUAAAAGCAUCAGAGCCCAAUACAUUUUUAAAAAAUCUUUGAAAAUGUUAAGAGGAAACAAGGGCACUAAAUUUUUUGCACAUGCCCAAACACACAUUUUGAAUGUCCAGAAAUAAGCCUUGGUGGUGCAGUGGUUAGAAUUCAGCAUUGCAGGCUAACUCUGCCCAUUGCCAGGAGUUCGAGCCUGACCGGCUCAAAGUUGACUCCAUCUUCCAUCCUUCUGAGAUUGGUCAAAUGAGGACCCAGAUUAUUGGGAGGCAAUGUGAUGACUCUGUAAACCCCUCAGAGAGUGCUGUAAAACACCAUGAAGUGGUAUAUAAGUCUAAGUAUUAUUCCUAGUGUUAUAAUCUUUGCCUUCAUUGGCCAAAAGGUCUUUCAUUUGAUUGUAGGAAUUCAAAUGUUCAGCUUUGAUACUGAAUGUAUAUUUUACUUAAAUAAAUAUUUUCUAUAAAAAAACAAAAUUGUGCAUAUAUAUCUAUAUGGGAAUAAUUAGGGAUCCACAUAGCCUGGGCACGUUUUAGUCAUGUGGAAGUUACAUCUACCGGUAAUUCCACUUCAGGCAUGCUUGCUAUACACAGAGUUUCAACCUGUUCCUGCAGUGACAAGUACACAAUCUUGCUUUGCAUUUUACAUCAGUAUCAUUGCAAGCAAUGUGAAAUGAUCGAGGAAGUGUUUACAGGGAAGUGGAGGUUUCUGUACAACCACUAAUAGUUGUUCAUAGGAAUGCGGUCCUUUCCAUUGCUUCUCAGGCAGCCUCAGAAGGAGUUCAUUUGGUGAAUACAAAAUAACCAAACAGUUUAUAUAUCUGAAAUCAUCACUGGUUAAAUAAGCCAACCCAUCUGCUUCACUUCCUCAUGUAUGAGUACAAGCUCAGUGUUUUUCAUUGGAGAACAGUUUAUAUAUUUAGGGCAGGGGUCCCCAAUCCCCGGUGUGGGCCAGCAUUGGGCUGCGGCAUGCCAGAAACUCUAGGAUCCAGGCAGCAUGUGAAACCACGCCCCCUCCGGGCCACGGAAAAAAACCUCUCUCCGUGGAACUGGUCCCUGAUAGCCAAAAAUUUGGGGGCUGCUAAUUUAGGGGACAGUCAUUAAGUAAUUAACAAUUCCAUAAGUGUGCAACAGGCUAGACAUUAUGAAAACCUACCCCAAUGAACUGAAUAUCUUGAGUCUUCCCCUUCUCUGAGAUGGCUGAUUUGGUGUGUUUCUCAUCUUGCCUACCAGUGCUAUGCAAGCUAUUCAUAGGAAAACGGGUAACUAUUAUGACUAUUAAAAUUAUUUAAUGAUCUCUCCUAAAGCUACAGUUGUAAAUUUAGUCAGAAGGAGAAAAAAGGCAUUUCUGUUGAUAAGACUGGUUAGCUAAUGUCAUUCAUGCAAUGGGCAUGAGUGUGGGCAGACUUGGGAAGUCAAUAGAGGAAGGGGGUGGGCCUGGCACGCUAUGGUCCAUGGAGGUGUGAAAUUUGGAUAUGACUUAGCAACUAAGCAACAAUAAAAAUUGACAAGGAAGAUUCACAAUGAGGUUUAUUCAUUUAAAUGGAUUCUUAUCCUUAUUCAUACCAAUGCUCAUUCUUACAUAGUUAUAAAUUACAUUUCAGUUUAUAAAGAUAAUCACUUUGACCAUUUUAUCCAUACUUCCAAGACACUAUACCAAUAGGAAUUGAAGAAAAUGUUCCAAGGAAUAAAGAGAAGGAGAGACUGCCUAAUCUAAAUGAGACACACUUUGACAUCAUCCAUAAACUACGUCCUGCAUAUGUAGGAGCUGAAAUGGUUAAUCUUUGAAUAACAGGAAUUUGGAAAUGAUCAUAGGGAAGAUAGACUUCUGAGGAUAUUUAAGCAUGGGCUAGUUAAUGGAUGCAAUGUCCCUUUGGAUCAACAUCCAAAAACAACCUCCAUAGCUCAAACUUAUAAAAUAAAUGUCUCUAAUGCGAGCAAAUUUUCUGAUAGUUUAAUUGCCAGCACUGAGUCCUACUGAGAAAUCUGGGAUGAGCCAGGAUGCCAGAUAAUUUGUUAAAUGGUUAGACUAGCGCAUUAAGGAGUAAAGCUGAAGCCAGGAUUAAGGAACCAUCAAGAGCUCAGGAAAACUUCAUCUGUUGAAUAAAACACUCCUAUGAGAAAACCAUGUUGUUCUCUUUCCUUAGUAAGCAGGAAAGAUGGCCUGCAGGAUCUUUAUGGAGAAGAUUCCUCAAUUGUAUAAUUCUCCACAUGGGACAAUCAAACAUGGAUCUAGAAGAUUCUGGCAACAGGUUAUUGGAGAUUGUCCAUCUUGGAUGGAACUAUAAAGAACAGUGGAGGCCCCAUAGAAAGUCUCCUUUUGCAAUAUCUAGGUCAGGGGUCUUCAAACUUGGCCCUUUUAUGACUUGUGGACUUCAACUCCCAGAAUUCCUCAGCCAGCAUGCCUGGCUGAAAAAUUAUGGGAGUUGAAAUCCACAAGUCAUAAAAGGGCCAAGUUUGAAGACCCCUGAUCUAGGUCAAUGUAUGCUGUGAACUACAAUUUUCAAAUAGUUUGUCCUUCCAUACAUAACUUGUGUAUAACCCAAAGGUGCUUUCAAAAGGCAACUGGACUUUCUUGUUUUGCUCGAAAAAAGUCCAGUUGCCUUUUGGAAGAAAGCACCUUUGGGACAACCAUGAUUUAGAUUAUUGACAUCUUGCGUAUAACUGAUGCUUCUGUAUUUAUAUUAAAAGUCAAGAAUUGAAAUUAAUGCAGGACAGGGAAAACUUGGCAUAGAAUUUUGAUAAAGUUUGCAGAAGGAAAAUUACAUUCAUAAGACCUGUAUCUUUUGCUGAAGAAUUCAGCGCCAUAACAGAGAUGAAUAUAGGUAAAUUAAAAGAUAAUUGAAAAAAAA